UAUGGAGUCAACCCGAAAAUCAAACCCCGAGCAGCAGGGCACUCAAAAUGUCCCCCCAUAUUCUCUUUCCUUUCACUCUCCUCCACUGAUCUCUCUCUCUCUCUCUCUCUCUCUCUCUCUCAUCAGGCUGCCAAAAAUGGCAGAGCCACAGUUGAUCAAACCGCUCAAUCUUCCGCUGCUGCUCGUAUUAUCUCUCCAUUCCUUCUGUCUCAUCCAUUCAGCAUACUCCGAGAUUUUCUUCGAAGAGAGAUUCGAUGAUGGGUGGAAAAGCCGUUGGGUUCUAUCAGAUUGGAAGAGGAGUGAAGGAAAAGCGGGUACGUUCAAGCACACUGCAGGGAAUUGGGCUGGUGAUCCUAACGAUAAAGGUAUUCAGACGUACAAUGAUGCCAAGCAUUAUGCAAUAUCUGCGAAGAUACCAGAGUUUACCAACAGGGACAGAACUCUAGUGGUCCAGUACUCUAUAAAGUUGGAACAGGACAUUGAAUGUGGUGGUGGCUACAUUAAGCUUCAUUCUGGUUACGUCAAUCAGAAGAAAUUUGGUGGUGAUACUCCUUACAGCCUUAUGUUUGGACCAGAUAUAUGUGGGACGCAAACAAAGAAGCUCCAUGUUAUAGUUUCCUAUCAGGGGCAGACUUAUCCUAUCAAAAAGGAUAUACAAUGUGAAACAGACAAGUUAACACAUUUCUACACAUUUAUCUUGAGGCCUGAUGCAAGUUACAGCAUCCUAAUUGAUAACCGAGAGAGAGAAACUGGAAGCUUGUACACAGAUUGGGAUAUCCUUCCUCCACAAAAGAUCAAAGCUGUCAAAGCAAAAAAGCCAGCAGACUGGGAUGAUAGAGAGUAUAUUGAUGAUCCUAAUGCUGUCAAACCAGAGGGAUAUGAUUCCAUACCAGCUGAGAUCCCUGAUCCAAAGGCUAGAAAGCCUGCUGAUUGGGAUGAAGAAGAAGAUGGGAUGUGGAAACCCAAGAAGAUCCCAAAUCCAGCAUAUAAAGGACCAUGGAAGCGCAAGAAAAUCAAGAACCCCAACUAUAAGGGCAAGUGGAAGACUCCAUGGAUUGACAACCCAGACUUCGAGGAUGAUCCUGACCUUUAUGUGAUGAAACCGAUCAAAUAUGUGGGCAUCGAAGUUUGGCAGGUAAUGGCUGGUUCAGUGUACGACAACAUUCUUAUUUGCGAUGACCCACAGUAUGCAAGGGAAGUUGUGGAAGAAAUAUGGGCUAAGAAUAGGGAGAUUGAAAAAGAUGCCUUUGAGGAAGCUGAGAAAAUUAGAAGAGCUCGGGAAGAUGAGGAGGGAAAGAAAUCGAAAGAUGACAGUGAGAGGAGGAAGAGGAAGAGGCACCAUAGAAGGCAUGAUCCCUACGACUACUUGGAUGAUGACUACCAUGAUGAACUAUGAGAGCUGAAUCAGCUACUUUCAAUUUCGAAAUCUCUAUGCCUGCGCUUGUAUCUUAGAUAUGUGAACUUUUGCUGGGAAGAGGAAAGGCGAGGGAAACAAUUCUUAAAACCACGAAAUCCAGGAUCAAAAUGCAGCCCAAGAGAAAAGGCUAUUUCAGCAUUCAUCUCUCAUGCGUGUCCGAUCAGUCUUUCUUGUUGUGUAACGACAAUAAUAACAAUAUUUGCGACAAGACAAUAAAACUGCGCGUCUUGGGAAUUUGCUAAUUGAUCCGUUAAGGUUCUGUACGGUAUGAGUCGUAUAUUGCGUUGUUUAUCCGUGGACAGAAAAUGAAAAAAUGAAAAAAGAACAAAAAAGAGCUAGCCGAGAUGAUGCGAUGAACUACUUCUUUGAUCUGGAAAUGUGAUGAAUUUGUCCGUG